GUUCGUAGAGACGAUGAAAUAAUCUCUACCUUCCAUACUUUGACUCUCGUGUGGAAUUGGAUAUAGAAUACUGCCGUCAUGGGCGACUUACCCGACCCGACGAUCGACCUUGACUGGUCAGGUUAUGUCGGUUCAAUCCAUGAGCGCUUCCGGGCCUCUGCUGAGAAAUAUCCCGAAAGGACUUGUGUGCUAGAAACUAAGUCUUCGACGCAUCCAGAGAGACGCUUCACUUACCGUCAGAUCUAUGAAGCUUCUAAUACCCUUGCCCGGUACCUUCACAAUGCUGGCAUUACCAAUGGAGAUGUAGUGAUGAUUUGGGCCCAUCGCUCUGUUGACUUGGUCAUCGCCUUGAUGGGUACCCUGGCUUCUGGUGCUACGAUGACGGUCCUGGAUCCUGCCUAUCCUCCAGCUAGGCAGAAGAUCUACCUUGAGGUAUCUCAGCCACGUGCUCUGAUCAAAAUUGGCCGCGCAACUGAUGAGAAUGGCCCAUUGGCCGAUCUGGUGCAAGGCUAUAUUGACCAAGAGCUUCAGCUAAAGGCCCAAGUCCCUGAACUCCGCCUUCUUGAUGACGGAACUCUGUCUGGAGGCCAGGUUGAUUCUCAAGACAUCUUCGAGCCCCUUAGAAGCCUUGCAUCUUCCCCCCCUGAUGUGAUAGUGGGUCCUGAUUCAAACCCUACCCUGUCAUUCACCUCGGGGAGUGAAGGAAGACCAAAAGGAGUCCUUGGUAGACAUUACAGUCUGACCAGGUACUUUGGAUGGAUGGCCGAGCGCUUCAAUUUAUCGACCGAGAGUCGAUUUACACUUCUCUCUGGUCUAGCUCACGAUCCCGUACAGAGGGAUAUUUUCACACCAUUAUUCCUUGGCGCCCAACUCCUCGUCCCGUCUAGGGAGGAUAUUCAGCAUGAGAAACUUGCUGAGUGGAUGCGUGAAAUGAAACCUACUGUUACUCAUCUUACCCCAGCCAUGGGUCAAAUUCUAGUUGGCGGCGCUACCGCUGAAUUUCCUAGCUUGGAACACGUAUUUUUCGUCGGCGACGUUCUAACGACGAGGCAAUGCCGGUCCCUCCGGCAACUUGCCGUGAACGCUAACAUUAUCAAUAUGUACGGCACUACGGAGACCCAGAGAGCCGUCAGUUACUUUGAAGUCCCGAGCCGAGCGAGGGAUCCGGACUUUCUAGAUAAGCUCAAGGACACAGUCCCAGCUGGUCAGGGAAUGCAAAAUGUCCAACUUUUAGUUGUCGACAGAGAGAACCGAUCUAGAUUAUGCCAGGUCGGUGAAGUGGGAGAGAUAUUCGUUCGGGCCGCAGGUCUUGCUGAGGGUUAUCUUGGGGACCCAUCUUUGAAUGAGCAGAAGUUCUUGAUGAAUUGGUUCGUAGAUAAUGAGAAGUGGGUCGAGGCAGACGCGAAGGCGAGCAAAAAUGAACCUUGGAGACAGUACUACAAGGGCCCGAGGGAUCGGCUCUACCGGACGGGCGAUCUAGGACGUUACCUUGAAUCUGGAGACGUUGAAUGCACCGGUCGUGCCGACGACCAAGUCAAAAUUCGCGGUUUCCGUAUCGAGCUCAACGAUAUCGACAGCAAUCUGAGCCAAAACCCACUUAUCCGAGACUGCAAGACUCUUGUACGAAGAGAUCGUAAUGAAGAACCGACACUAGUAAGCUACCUAGUCCCUGAAGCAUCUGAGUGGCGGCGAUGGGUUGCCGCUCGGGGGAUAGAAGAAGUCGAAGAUGACGGUGUUGAGAUGGGACCUACACGUGUCUUCUUGAAGAAAUAUCGAAGCAUGGAAACUGAGGUACGAGAUCACUUGAAGUCUCGAUUACCGGCCUAUUCGGUACCGAGCAUAUAUAUAGUUCUCGAGAAGCUCCCCUUAAACCCCAAUGGCAAGGUUGAUAAGCCGAAUCUUCCUUUCCCAGAUGUUACCGAACGCGUUGAAGACGCUUCGGAGGAGGAUCUAAAAAGCUGGGAGUCCUUGACGGAGACAGAGCAGAAGGUGGCCCAGAAGUGGGCUGAUCUCAUCCGGGGUCUCAACCCGAAAACUAUUAGACGAGAAAACGUCUUCUUUGAUCUGGGUGGACACAGCCUGUUGGCCCAACAGCUUCUUUUGGAAAUUCGGAAGAGUUUUGGGGCAGACGUUUCUAUCAGCACAUUCUACGAACAUCCAGACCUAGCGAGUUUCAGCGCUCACGUAGAGAAGAGACUUCGGGACGCCAACGGUACCGAUACCACCAGCGAUGCACAAGAGGCCACCCCGGCUUACACGAAGUCUCUUGACGAAUUGACGGGCCAGUUAGCUGACAAAUAUCAAUCCGCCGAUCUCAAAGCUCUCGACGACACUAAAAUUUUGACAGUAUUUCUUACGGGAGCAACUGGAUUCUUGGGAUCAUACCUUGUGAAGGAUGUCCUUGACCGGACUUCUCGUGAGGUUAAGUUAAUCGCACAUGUGCGAGGCGCCAAGGACUCAGCAGCAGCCCUACAACGGCUUCGCCGCUCUCUUCAAGGAUAUGGUCUAUGGAAGGAUGAGUGGCAGGAGAGAUUAAGUGCGGUUGUGGGCGACUUAUCAAAGCCUCAGCUCGGUAUUGAUGAUUCAGCCUGGCAGAAAUUAUCGCAUGAAGUUGACGUGGUGAUACAUAACGGAGCCACCGUCCAUUGGAUUCGGAAGUACCAGGAUAUGAUGGCGUCGAACGUAUUAUCAACUAUUGAUGCGAUGAAGCUGUGCAAUGAAGGGAAGGCAAAGGUUUUCUGCUUCGUCAGUUCGACUAGUGUCCUUGACACAGACCAUUAUAUCAAACUGUCAGAGGAGCAGACAAGAACAGGAGAGGGUUCGAUAAUGGAAAGUGAUGACAUGAAUGGAAGCCGUACCGGGUUGGGCACGGGAUACGGACAAACCAAGUGGGUAUCAGAACAACUCGUUAGAGAGGCCGGAAGACGAGGCCUCCAGGGGUCGGUUAUCCGACCUGGAUAUAUCCUGGGUGAUUAUCAGACUGGUGUCUGCAAUGUCGAUGACUUCCUGAUCAGAAUGCUGAAAGGUUGCAUACAGUUGGAAGCGCGCCCGCGCAUAAUCAACACUGUCAACGCUGUCCCCGUGAACCACGUUGCGAGGGUGGUCGUCGCUGCUGCCCUAAAUCCUCUCCCAGGUGGAGUGCACGUAGUUCACGUCACCGGCCACCCGCGUCUCCGCAUGAAUGAGUAUCUAUCGAUACUAGAGUACUACGGCUACAAAACUCCAGAAGUCAGCUACGAUUCCUGGAAGCAGGAACUGGAGAACUUCGUGUCCGCAGGUGCCCUCGAGAAGGACCAAGAACAGCAUGCGCUCAUGCCGCUAGCACAUUUCUGCAUGAACGACCUCCCAGCCAAUACCCGAGCGCCGGAGUUGGAUGACAGGAACGCUGUUGCUAUUUUGAAAGCAGACGGCGAUAAAUGGACAGGCGUAGACGAGAGCUCUGGCUAUGGCAUUAGCAGGGACGAUGUGGGAAGGUACCUGCGAUAUCUAGCCGAAAUCAAGUUCAUCGGCCAGCCGACCGAAAGGGGUCGGCCGCUACCCGAUAUUAGUGCGGAUAUUGUGCGAGCACUGGCUGUGGGGGGCAUAGGAGGUCGUGGUGGUGCCUCCUAAUCUGUCACUCUCGGGUUGUGCACCGGGAUACCUGCAUGUAUGGCUGAAUUUCCAUGCUUUUCUAGGCGUUAGAUUAACCUGGUAGAGAAAAGGGGAAAUAUAAAAGUCAUUUGAGUUUCCAUAGCACAGUUAAUCGGGGGGGUUACUACCUCCGAAACGGGAAUCGGUUUAGUUAUGUGUUCGCGAGAUGAAGCAUUUAUUGAACAUAUCAUCAAUCCUCGACAAUAUAAUUGAUACCGUCGUUUAGCCCAUACGGUACA